AUUGCACCAUCUUUAAUCUUCUUCCAGUUGUAAGCUUGAAUUUCUAGGAUGGGAUUUGAUGAUGAGGCGCGCGCGUCUCUCCAUGGAAGUGGAUGGAAGAGGAGGUCCGACAGCGGCACUGCAAUUUGGGGGCUGCUGACCAGCUGAGUCGCGCCCUGCUAGCCUGCUAGCCUGGUUGGCAGCCUGAGGCUCCGCGAAUGACCAAGCGGGAAGACUGCACAGCUGGUGGCUGUGGCGGGACGAAGUGCAACGAGCUGACCCUGAAGCGGUAUAGUGCGAACUGCCCCUCCAGCAACAAUGUUCUCCCGAAGCCUGAGGUCAACAAUAACCCCACCUUGCUCGUCCUUCGCUUCUCGUCCCCUCUUCUCCAUCCCCAAUUGCAACUCCCCUUCUUUCCUCUCUCUUCGUUCUUUCCAUCAAACAUCCGCAGCCAUGUCUGGAAACACCAAGGCCUUCUUCGAAGUCGAGUACGCCCCUGUGGGCACCAGCGCCCCCAAGGUUGGCCGCAUCAACUUCAACCUCUACGAGCAGGACGUCCCCAAGACUGCCAAAAACUUCCGUGAGCUCUGCACGCGUCCCGAGGGUCAGGGCUACAAGGGCUCUAUCUUCCACCGUAUCAUCCCCCAGUUCAUGCUCCAGGGUGGUGACUUCACCCGCGGCAACGGUACUGGUGGUCGCUCCAUCUACGGCGAGAAGUUCCCCGAUGAGAACUUCAAACACAAGCACAACCGCCCCGGUCUCCUCUCCAUGGCCAACGCUGGUCCCAACACCAACGGCUCCCAGUUCUUCAUCACCACCGUUGUCACCUCGUGGCUCGAUGGCAAGCACGUCGUCUUCGGCGAGGUUGCUGACGCCGAGUCCAUGCAGGUCGUCAAGGAGCUCGAGGCCGUCGGCAGCAGCUCCGGUAAUGUCCGCUCCGCCGUCAAGCCCAAGAUCGUCAACUGCGGUGAGGCGUAAGCAAUUUUUAGCCAUUUAACAAGCCAAAAAUAUGUGAUACGGAGGGUGGAAAAGAAGAAUGAGUUAAGGUGGACCAAUAGGACUCUUUCUCUUUUUCUUUCUCUCAUCUAGUUGCUUCCCAUGUUUCUCUCUCUUCUGGUAUGCUGUAAUCUAGAGUGUCCAUAUUGAACUCUGCAUAUGUUCCGU